AUGAACUCUUUCUUGCAUUGACUUGUGUCAAAAAUUUUAACUGUAUUAAUUGAAGUGAAUUAGGUAGGCGUGAAUGUUCUUCGAUAUUUGAAUUGUGUGUACCUAGGCAAUGGUCGUUGUCAGUGGAGGUCGUGUAAGGAAAGUGACGGCAUAUCCAGUAGCUGGCAUCACCGCAAAUACUGUUGUUCCGUCAACAGAAAUGUCUGCUAGGGCUAUACUGACAUGUCGCCCCAAUUCACAUCCAUUUCAAGAACGUACCUUAAUAUUAGACACACCUGUUAAAGUUGGACGUUCUGUGGCGCGUGCUAGACCCGCUAGUAAUAAUGCUAUAUUCGAUUGUAAAGUCUUAUCCAGACACCAUGCUUUACUUUGGUAUGAAAAUGGAAAAUUCCUACUUCAGGAUACAAAAAGCAGUAAUGGAACAUUUGUCAAUAACAGUCGUUUAAGUGAAGGGGGAAAAGAAUCGUCACCACGAGAAGUUUGUUCCGGUGACAUAGUACAAUUUGGUGUAGAUGUUGUAGAAAAUAAUCGUCGAGUGACUCACGGUUGUGUAAUUGUUACAUUAAAAUUAUAUUUACCGGAUGGCAAAGAAGCGAAAUCUAAACGUUUAAGUGCGGGAAAAUCAACGGGCGCGGGUACUGCGGAUGAACUAUGCCGUUUAGCACAACAUUUACGUGAAGCCGCUCGACGUGAACAACAACUUGAAAGUAAAUUAACCGCAUUGCAACGACUAGUCGAACAAGCAAAACAAGCAGCUGAAUUAGGUUGGCGUGCGGCCGUUGAUGAGGAUCGUCUACUAAGUCGUGUCGCUGUAUUGGAGAGUCAAUUACGUGCGUAUAGUAAAAACUGUACCGAUGAUACAAUCCGUGAAGAACUAUUAAAAUUACAAGAAGAUAAAACCGCAUAUCAAAAUGCCGCUAAAGAUUCAUUACAAAAAUUACAUAAAGAACGUUUGGAUGCGUUAGAUCGUGUUAUUGCCUUGGAACGUGCUGUGGUUAAUGCUGAAGAAGCACGUUCUGCUGCGGUGGAACAAUGUAUUACUGCACAAGAUGAAUUACAUAAAAUUGCCUUGCAAUUAUCGGAUAGUCAACGUUUAACAAAUGAAUUAACUGAAAAAUUAGCAAAGACUGAAACUGAAGAUACUGAUUUACGAACAAAAGUUGAUGAAUUGUUAGAACGUGAGCGUACGUUAAAUAUUAAGUUAGACACGAUGGAAGCGUUAGCAUUAAAUCCAAAUAUUAUUACUAAUUUAAAAGCGGAAUUAGGACGUCAGCAGCUACAACAAGAUCAAAAGGCAAAUAGUGAUGAUGAAAAAAUUAAUAAUAGUUCUGAAGAGAAUUUGAACGAUAUACAGGAUGAUCUAGAAAGUGAUGGUAACAAAACACAGAGUACAACAAUAACAACAUCAACAACAAUACAAGAGCAAAUCGAUAUUUUAUAUAAAACAUUACCACAAUCAAUUAUUGAAAAGGCAAUUACACAAUACAAAGACAAUAGUGAGAAGAAUCAUGAUCAAAGUGCAAUAUUAUUAUCACCACCAAAAGUACAAGACAAUGAUAUAGACAAUGAUGACGAACAAUUACGAAUCGUUGAGAAUAAUCUAAUAUUGGAGAAGGAAUUAAAGGAAAAGUUGCAGAAAGAGAAUGAAGAGUUACGACAAAAAUUAACUACUAUGGAACAAAUGGCGAAAGAAAGUUUAAAUGAAUCACAACAGAUGCGUGAUAAGUUAAAUGGAUUACUUGCUGAUACAAAUGAAAAACGAACGAUAACAAAUAACGAUACAAAUACACAAACAACAUUAAAUAAUCAUCACGAUUCAAGUUAUAUAACAAAAUUAGAAUCAACAAUAAAUAUAUUACGUGAUGAAAAAUUACAUUUGGAAGAGGAAUUAUUAUCAAUAAAAAAUAAUGAUAAUAAUAAAACAACAACAAAUUCAUAUAAUAAUUUAAAUAUAAGUGCAAAUGGUGGUGAUCAUACUAACAAGGAUUUAUCAAUAUUAUCAGAUACAGAUACACAAUUAUUACAUCGUAUCACUGAACUAGAAGAUGAAUUGGUAUUAAUUAAAGAGAUACAUGCACAAUGCGUACCUGAACGUAUAAAAUUAGAGGAACAAUUACAUAAUACACGUAAUGAAUUAAAUAUAUUAAAUUCACGUUCACAAACAAUUAUAUUCAUUUAUACAAAGAAAAAUUCAAUGUAUUGUUGA